GAGAGACAUGGUGCAGGGCGCGCCGCCUGGCACGUUCGUCUUCAGCGGCCCCGUGCACGCAGGAUCCGCCACGAUGAACAUGCAGACAGCGAACGCUCCGACCAUGUACAACCUGGCCACAAUGCCGUCGCUGGUCGUGCCCAACGUCGCGCAGAACGAUGACAGGGACGACCUGGCCGCCACCCUGCCGCAGCUCGGGCGGCAUGCGCUGCCCGCGGACGCCUGCGCGGGGCGGCCCGCGGCGCAGCCGCCCCGCGGCGGCGGAGGCUCCGGCGCUGGCGCCGGCGCUGCGGCGUGGCGAGGAAGCGCCGCCGCAGGGCACGGGGGCCACUUCGGCGCCUUCCCCGCGGACCCCUACGCUGUAGGCGGGCCGCUGCCGGUGGAUAUCGUCCCGGCGAGCCGGGUGAGGAAGCUGAGGGUCACUUCGGGGGCGCCCGAGGCCCAGGCCCGCGUCCUGGCCGUAGGUGCUGGCGCGGCCGAGCUCGGCUCUUCUCGCAGCGGUCGGCAGGCGGCGGGGGCCCGCUGUACCGCCCGCCCGGCCGUUGCGUCGCUGCCGCCGCCGGACGCGCUGGCGGCCAAGAACCUGGAGAGGGCCGGCCUGUCCAUGGACUUCCCAGGCGGCCGUGAGCAGCGCCGCGAGAGGGAGGCGCCUCCUGCGGCGCCUCUCCGUGAGGCUCGAGGCGGUCCGCCGGCCGCUCUGAGGUCCGCCGCCGCCGCCGCUGCCGCAGCCGUGGCGGCCGCCGCCGCCGUCCCAGAGAUCCAACGUAAUGCAGAUCUGAACUUCUUUUUGAAAAGCUGCUUGCUGGCCGUCACCGUCCUUGCCCUCGAGGGUGAGAUCCACGGUACCACCGCCCGCGCGCCUGUCCCAUCGAUUGCGCUGGUUGGAGCUCUGGGGCUGGCUGCCACGAUCUGCUUCGGGUGCUGCCUCCCGAUGCUGACUGGCUGGCUUCCUCGGCUGGCCGGGGCUCUGAUCUGCUCGGCGGACUGGGCGGAGGCGGAGCACCGGGCGCCCCAGGGCGCCGAGACGGCGGCGAAGCCGCCGCGGCGGGUGGGUCAGUGCCGGCGGCGCUUCGCGCGAUGUCGGAGAGCUUCCUCCUCACGCGGCAGCCCAGCGGCGCCGGCGCGCCCCCUGUGGCGGCGACGCCGGACUCGUCGGUGGUUUCCCACCCCACGCCCAUGGGCGACGUCGACGUGUCCCCGGAGGGCAGGGCCAAGAAGCAUGCGACGGGCCGUCCGUGAGGCCAGCCCUGAGGCCGCCGCCGCGGCGGCGGCCGCCGACCAGGCGGUGUGGACGGCGGAGGGUGCAGCCCCUCCGCAGCUCUACGACCGGGCGCCUCCUCACUUCGGCUUCGCUGGCGCGGGGCUCCACGGCUACGGCGUGGUCGGCGGCCACGAGGCCUCCCUCCUGGAGCCCCCCUCGCUGCAGACCACGCUGGGGCUGGUCAGGGUGCUGGCCCUGCCCCUGGCGCUGCUCUGCCCGCUGCUGGGCGUGGUCCUGGUGCUCGCGGCCCUGGUGAUCUGGACGCCCGGCGCUGGCGCCGCCACCGCUCUGGGCGUGGGCGACCGAGGAGACGCGCUGCAGGAGCCUCUGGGGGGCUGGCUGGGCUCCGUGUGCGACGAGGUGGCGGCCGCCUCCCCGGGCGACCUGCAGACGGCUGGCUGGAGCGCCGAGGACAUCGCGGGGUGCUGCCGCAUCCGCGGCGUUGGCUGCACCGCCGCACCGUCGACCACCCCGAGGGCCACGACUGCGAGUUCGACUGCAUGGAGGACGACCGCGGAGGACGAGUACGACUGCAUGGAGGACUAUCAGCACUGGCGCGACGUAUGGCCCGACCGGAAGAAGGACUGGUGCUGCUACCAGUACAGCAGGGGCUGCGACGACUGA